ACCUUGUCAUGCCUCUAUCUUCAUAACAAACACAUCUAACAUUUUGCACACACUCCCCUAAUCACAAAUGGAUUCACUUUAUUCUAAUUACUACGUCGCAGCAUGGCUAGCCACUAUAACACUCUUGUUUGUAGCUCGCUGGCUGCGGCGUCCCAGCAAACUCAACACCGCCCCAGGCCCAAAGCCAUGGCCAAUUAUUGGUAACCUCAACCUCAUAGGAAACCUCCCUCAUCGUUCUAUCCAUGAACUCUCCAAAAAAUACGGAGAGAUCAUGCAACUUAAAUUUGGUUCGUACAAUUUCCUAGUUGCUUCAUCACCCGAGAUGGCAAAAAUCAUCCUGAAAACACAAGAUGUUAACUUUUCCUGCAGGCCUAAAACGGCCGCAGGAAAAUAUACAACAUACAACUAUUCGGACAUAACAUGGUCUCCUUAUGGAGCAUAUUGGCGCCAAGCACGUAAAAUGUGUUUAAUGGAGCUCUUUAGCGUUAAACGUCUAGAAUCUUAUGAAUACAUUAGAGUCGAGGAAACAAAUGCUUUAUUGAGAACAAUAUUUAAUUCGUCCGGAAAAGAGAUAUUGUUAAAAGAUAUGUUAUCCACGGUUAGUUUGAAUGUGAUUAGUAGGAUGGUUUUGGGUAAAAGGUAUUUAGACGAGUCUAAAGACUCAAUUGUGAGUCCGGAUGAGUUUAAAAAGAUGUUAGACGAGUUAUUUUUAUUAAACGGGGUGUUGAAUAUUGGUGAUUCAAUACCUUGGGUUGAUUUUAUGGAUUUGCAAGGGUAUAUCAAAAGGAUGAAGAGUGUUAGUAAGAAAUUCGACCGGUUUUUGGAGCAUGUGCUAGAUGAACAUAUCUCGCAAAGGAAGGCCCAAGGGGACAAGUUUGUGGCUACGGAUAUGGUGGAUCUGUUGUUGCAGCUUGCUGAUGAUCCUGGUCUUGAUGUUAAGCUUGAGAGGCAUGGCGUCAAAGCUUUUACACAGGACUUGCUUGCGGGUGGAACCGAAAGUUCAGCUGUUACAGUCGAAUGGGCCAUUUCUGAAAUAUUUAAGAAGCCAGAAAUAUUUCAAAAGGCAACUGAAGAGCUAGACCGGGUCAUUGGCAAGGAUAGAUGGGUUGAAGAGAAGGACAUGCCUAAACUACCUUAUAUCGAGGCAAUUGCUAAAGAGACAAUGAGGUUGCAUCCCGUGGCACCAAUGUUGGUUCCUAGAAGAGCUCGCGAAAAUUGUAAAGUAGCUGGUUACGACGUUACCGAAGGGACUCGGGUUCUUGUUAACGUUUGGACAAUAGGAAGAGAUCCCAAGUAUUGGGAUAAACCUAACGAGUUUUGUCCAGAACGAUUCCUUGGGAAGGAAAUAGACGUCAAGGGUCAUGACUUUGAGUUGUUGCCAUUUGGUGCAGGACGAAGGAUGUGCCCUGGUUAUAGUUUAGGAUUUAAAGUUAUUGAAGCGACUUUGGCUAAUCUGUUACAUGGCUUUAGCUGGAAAUUACCUGGCAAAAUGACCACUAAUGAUCUGGAUAUGGACGAGAUAUUUGGCUUAUCAACACCAAAAAAGAUUCCACUUGUCACCGUAGCCCAACCCCGCCUCCCAUUUGAAAUGUAUCGUAUCUAGUCAGUCAAAAUGGUGUAUCGCUAAGUUAUUGUACGAUAGACAUAUGCAUCACUAUGGUUUUACUUAUUUAUAGUGUUUUUACUUAUUUGUAGUCCAUGUUGGCUAUUCGUAAAGUUAUUGUCCGUGUUGAGUCAAUCUACGAAUGAAUGUCAUAUUAUUUAAAGCAUUUUGAAAUAUAA